AUGUCAAAUUAUUCAUAUGGUGGUGGAGGUCCAGGACAACUUGGUGGAGGAGGUGCCACUGAUAUCAGACUUCUUCCAGGUAAUUACGAUAACUAUACAUCAUUAAAAAGUCGCAUUAUCGUUGCCGCUGGUGCAGGUGCUUCAGACACCAGUGAUGUCGGAGGUCCAGGUGGAACAAUUGAAGGAUUCAAUAGUAAAAGAGAUUAUGGUAAAGGUGGAACUCAAACAUCUGGAGGUCAAGGAAAUAUAGAUGGAUCUUUUGGAAAAGGAGGGGAAAAUCCGAAUCGUAUAGAUGGCACUGGUAAUGGUGCUGGCGGUUCAGGAUAUUUUGGUGGUGGCUCAUUGACUAAUGCUAAUGAUUGUGGCGGUGGUGGAGGAAGUAGCUUUAUAAGUGGUUAUCCAGGAUGUGUUGCCAUAACUGGGGACUCAACAGAGAAUUUAAUAAAAUUUCGAACCGGCUAUUUCAAAUCAAUUCAUUACUCAGGACUGAAAUUCGAAGAUCCAAUUAUGAUAAACGGAAAAUCUGAGAUGCCAUCACCAAAUGGUUCCAUUGAAACAGGUCAUUCUGGCAAUGGAUAUAUUCGAAUAACCUCCUUUUCAUUGUGUGUUAAUUCAAGUAUUCAAAACAUUUAUCAUUUUUAUUUAUUAUUUUUAUUAAUUUUUGAAUCAUCAAUUUUCAUAUUAUGUAAUUAG